AUGAAUGUCAAAUUUCAGGAAUAUGUUUUCCCCUUUAAACAGACCUAUAGUAGCCAUGAUAAAGAAAUAUUGUUUUCUCAGUCUGCGGAGAAUACAUUUGAUCCCAAUUUACCUCCUCUAACUGCUCCACAAAAUACACUAUCAUCUACCCCACAAGAUGAGGAUGACAAUUCUACACCUGCCUUGACAGAUCAUGCAUCAACAUCAGACCUUCAUAAUCCUAAAGCUACUCUUGUUAAUGAAAACCAGCAGUUCAUUCCUUCCCAGGUGGAGGCAUCACCUACUCAAAAUGACAUGUUGGUCACCCCACCUUCAACUUCUGACAUAUCUUUACAUGUUGCAACCAUUGAAACCACUAUACCUCAUAGACAAAUCAAGCAGCCAAUCUGGCUCAAGGAUUAUGUCACCACUAAACCACUAGGGAAACACAUCUAUCCUAUGUCAAACCAUUUGUCAUACAGUCAACUUUCAACUGCAUAUCAGACAUAUCUCCAAGCCUUUUCUGCCUUAGAAUAUGUUUUCCCCUUUAAACAGACCUAUAGUAGCCAUGAUAAAGAAACAUUGUUUUCUCAGUCUGCGGAGAAUACAUUUGAUCCCAAUUUACCUCCUCUAACUGCUCCACAAAAUACACUAUCAUCUACCCCACAAGAUGAGGAUGACAAUUCUACACCUGCCUUAACAGAACCUGAUGCCUUGACAGAUCAUGCAUCAACAUCAGACCUUCAUAAUCCUGAAGCUACUCCUCAUCUAAAGGUUGUCCUUUAUUUCAAAUGGAUGUUAAUAAUGCAUUCCUACAAGGGGACUUAUAUGAGGAAGUCCACAUAUAGCUACCUCAGGGAUUUCACAGUCAUGGGGAGUUCAAGGCAUAAGGAAAAUAUUGUCAUUAUAUUGGUAUAUGUGGAUGAUCUUCUAAUAUCAGGAAGUAGUAGUAGUUUGAUCCAGGAGGCAAAUGAGACUCUACACAGCAACUUUAAGAUGAAAGAACUAGGGGAGCUUAGAUAUUUUAUGGGAAUUGAAGUGAUGAGAUCCAACAAGGGUAUUUUACUCAAUCAGAGAAAAUAUGCCUUGCAACUAAUCUCAGAAGUUGGGCUAAGUUCUUGUAAGCCAGUAUCCACACCAAUGGAACAAAACCACAAGCUUACCACAGUUGAGUAUGAUAAACAUGUUGGCAAUAUUGAUGAUGCAGAAUUGCAGGAAGCAAGUAGCUAUCAAAAAUUAAUUGGCAAGCUGUUGUACUUAACAAUUACAAGGCCAGACAUAUGCUUUGCAGUCCAAGUGUUGAACCAGUUCAUGCAACAUCCUAAAGAAUCACAUAUGGAAGCAGCUUUAAGGGUUGUCAAAUAUAUUAAAGAGAGUUUAAGAUUGGGGAUUCUAUUGAAAGGUGGAACUGCUAAUGAGCUCAUAAUAUAUUGUGACUCGGAUUGGGUAGCCUGCCCAAAUACCAGGAGAAGCAGAAUACAGAAGCAUGGCAGCAGUUAUAGCAGAGCUCAUGUGGAUAAAGGGUAUGUUGGAAGAACUGGGAAACAAAGUAAAGGAACUUAUACAUCUGCAUUGUACAGCAAGGCAUCAUUACAAAUUGCAGGAAGUCCAAUUUUUCACGAAAGAACAAAGUACAUAGAAAUCGACUGUCGUUUUGUAAGGGAAAGAAUCAAGAAAGGAGUAAUCACAACCAACUACAUUCCCACAAAGCAACAAAUGGAAGACCUAAUGACAAAAGGACUUGGAGCAGCCCAACACAAGUUACUCUUAGGCAAGCAAGGAGUGCUCGAUGUAAUCCACCCUCCAGCUUGA